ACAAUGGAUAACCCUUUCUCCAACACAAAUGGAACAGUCCACUAUGGCAGAGGUGGGCAACUUUGUUUCUAUUGAUGGAGGUUCCUGGACAUCCUCUGAAGCAGAGGAGUUGGACAUGGUACAGAAGCCACAGGUGAAAACUACAGGACGAACAAAGAAAGGUGGCACCAAGCAGCUGAAAAAAUGUCCUCAUUGUGAGUACACAUCACUGAAGUCUUCUAACUUCAGAAAGCACGUCCUCAGACACUCCAACAACAAGAAACCAUUCAAGUGUUCUCAUUGUGACUAUGCAGCAAGAACAAGACAUCUUCUUCGUUCGCACACACGCAUCCACACGGGAGAGAAGCCUUUCACUUGCAAAACAUGCGAUUUCAAAACAGCGCACUCUGAAGCCUUAAAGAAACACAUGAAAACCCACACAGGAGAGAAGCCCUACAUGUGUGAUGUGUGCGGACACAGGACAGCUCUGGCUAAUUGUCUACGCCGACACAUCUCUACAGUACACUCCAAAGAACCACUCAAGUGUCACAUCUGUGGAUAUGUGGCAAUAAAAGCUUCCAAUCUGGAAAGCCACAUGAAAACCCACACUACAGAGUCAUCAUACAGAUGCGACUUUGAAGGCUGCAGCUUUACGGCAACAAUACAGAGGAAUCUUCAGAAGCAUCAACAGAAAGUCCACGUGAAAGAGAAGCCAUUUGCCUGUGAUCAGUGUGCUUACAAAACUCAUAAUAAGUACUGUUUGACUAAACACAUGAAAACUCACACUGGUGAAAAGCCCUUUGCCUGUGACCAGUGUGACUACACAUCAGUGUCUUUAUCCGGACUCUCCAAACACAAGCGUAAACACACAGGAGAGAAAAUCUGGCCGUGUGACGUCUGUGGUCGCAAAUGUUUCUCCGAAGCCCUUUUAGAGAAGCACAAGGAACAGCACAGUGGUAAGAAGGGGCUACUUGUGUGCAAAGAGUGCAACUACAGAACAUUCGAAUCCCAGUCAAUGAAAGAGCACAAAAGAGUCCAUACUGGUGAGAGGCCGUACGCAUGUGACCAGUGUGAAUACAGGGCAGCUUUACGAGUAACCCUCAAGAAGCACAUGAGGACACACAGUUCAGAAAAACCAUUCAAAUGUCCACAUUGUGACUAUUGUGCAAAGAGAAAAGAUGUUCUGAAGAGCCACUUUAACUAUAAGCAUAAAGGUGAAAUCAUAUCUUAAUUCCGUUAUUGACAGUACAACAUUGACAGUAGUUACAUAAUGGGCUUUAUGACACUGUCAAUCUGUAACACAAACUAUCCAGUCUCUAGAACCCAUGGGGGACCAGAUAC